AUGAUUGAAAAUAUUAACAAUACUAUUGCACUUGCACUUUCUUUAGGACCAAUUAUUCCAUUCUUACUUUAUGGAACUUAUUUUAGGCCCAUUCAAAUAGCAAUAGUAUUUUAUGGAGCAUUUAUUCAAAUUUUGGCAAUCCUAUUAUCUUCAAUUAUUUGGAAAUUUGGAUCACAAUACUAUCAGAAUAUAACUCUUUACAUAUCUAUUUUAAUUUUUAAUCAAGAAAUAUUCAGAAUAUUUUUAUAUUAUAUCAUUCGAAGAUGUUUAUUAUCAAUAACUUCAUCAACAAAAUAUACCAAAGAUAGAGAGUCAUCAGAAUUAAGCAAAUAUAUAACUGAAGUUUCUUUUGCUGCCGGUUUUGGAAUAGGAAUUGUUUUUCAGGUUCUUUAUGCUAUGAAUAAUAUUUCUCAAAAUUCUAUAAAAGAAAUAUUAAUUAUCAAAGAAAACUAUUCAAUUAUUAAUACUCAAGAUAUUAUUAAUAUUUUUAAUUUAAAGAAUAUUAUAACAAAUAAAUUUUUAAUUAUUUUUCCCUGUAUCAAUUUACCAUUUAAUAUUUUAUGGACAAUGUUGAUUUGGACAUUACUUCAUAAAAUUGAUAAUUAA